AUGAAGAAAAAGGCUCUUACCAGAAAAAGAAUGAAUUAUGAAGAUGCAUUGAAAGUGGCAGCUAAAGAAGAAGUAAAUAAUAUUUCUAUAAAUAAAGGUGGCCUUUUUUGGAUAAUGUUCAAAAUUUAAAGAAAGACCACAUGAUCCAGCUCCUAUUGAUAGAGCUAUACAUUUCCUCUUUUUGAAAGAGAAUGUAAGUUACUUCAUUCCUUCACAACUUAGAAUGUAGAUAGAAAGACAGCUUUACAAUUUGGAAUGCGAAGACUUUGCAAAAUUGAUAGUACUAGACAAUAUGAUGGUCCAGCUGAUCAUAGAAUCAUGAAAACAAAUAAAUUACUCUCUGGAGCUAUUAACGGUUGGUAUAAUGGAGCAGCAGAGGCUAAGUUUGAUUUAGGUUCUGGUUUCACUACUGAUAUUGUAAAUAAGCAAGACAAUAGCUUUAAUUUAAAUAAUAAUCAUCCUAUCGAUCUUAGAGUUUAAACUUCAGAAAGAGAUAAAAUUGCUAUGCAAAGGUUUCAAUUCUCCAAACUUAAUUCACAGAGACUAACGUAAGAAUUAUGUAAAUUAAAGGAGGAAACUCAAUAAAAAAAUAAUCAACCAAAAUUAUAUGUAGAAGUGGCUGGAUAAAAAUUAUUUCAUAUUCUCGAUUCAGAUAACUAUAAACCUACUCUUUUAUAAGAAUUCAAAGCUUUCUCCACUAUUGAAGAUAUUGCUCGUUUACAUGAAGUCAAAUCACUUGAUAAAAUUGAUUCAACGAGCAAUCUUCAAGAAUCUAGUACUUCAAGAUUGAGACAAAGAGCAAUGACUAAUUUAUAAGAUUAUAAAUAGAUGUCAAUGACUAAUUUAUAAGAUUAUAAACACAUGUUUCUCUAAAAAAAGAGGUUAUCAGCAUAACCAGAAGAAGAGUCUUAAAAGAUAUACAAAAAACUAUUAAAAUAAUUAAGAUCAGACGAAUAAUUUCUUAUUGUUCCUUCAAAACCUAAAAUAAAUAUGUAAAGCAAUCAUGCAAAUACCUCUAGAAGAAAUUCUUAAUAGUCUUUCUUCUUUAAUUUAACAAAUAAAUAAACAGUUCCAUCUAACACUAGUGUUAGUAAUUCAUAAUAAAAUUUUGAACACAAUUCUAAAAAACCUUUCACUCAAAGAACUUCAUAAUAAGAUAAAAUCACUGGCUGCUUUGAACAAAAAGUUGAAAAAUUUGUUAAAUAAAAACUUCUGAUUCAAAAUUCUAAGUCAUUAUCUCCUGAAAUAGAUUGCACAAAUUUAUAAUAAAAACAAGAUGUAAAUUUUGAUAAUUUAAAUUAGUUAUUUAAAUAAUUAAAACUAAAAGAAAUUCAAAGAAUAUAGAAAGUAAGAAUUAAUUCUUAGAGAUGA